AUGCCCUUCACAGGUGGCCCAACAUUCGCCAAGGGCAAAGCAAGGAUGGAUUCUGGGAUGCAGCUGAAAUCAGUAUUGGAGCCUCCUGCCUAGCAAUCUCAGAUCCUGGGGGACUUGGACCAGGUGUCCUGGUCAAAGAGUAAGCUGGUCAAGACAGCACAGUCAAGUGGGCCCAGACUCACGCUGAGGGCUGGUGGUGUGUAUGAGCCCAAGCCAGCUGCCUGCUAGUGGACUGGGCCACCCCCGUGCUACUCCAAGACUAAUAGACAAGGCUAAGAUUGUUCCCAGCUUCCCCUUGUCUCCUCAUUCUGCCAGGCAUGGCCCACAUCCCCAGCCACUCCAGGAUCCAGAGACUCUGCUUGUGGAGUCCCCGUCAGCCUAGCUGGUAGCCAGGUCAGUCUCUGGGAGAUGAAGUAUCGGCCCAGCCUCGCAUUCCUCUCUGCUGCCGAGAUCUCCAGACCCUAUUGCGACAGCAGAUGCCCCCUCCCCCCCGCAAUCGUUUCAGCCUUUCCCAUGGAGAGGGGCAGCAGCCAGGAUAGGCACCUCUCCUACACCGCCUCUUCACUUGGGAUGAAGGGCCUGGGGAACAGGACAAUGUGGAGAUACCUGGCCACCAGGCUCAGUUUCAAGCUGCCUCAACUUCUUCGAGUCCACCAGGUCCCUCGGGUGUUCUGGGAAGACAGCAUCAUGUCUGGCUACCGACGCCCCACAAGCUCAGCCUUAGACUGUGUUCUCAGCUCCUUCCAGAUGACCAAUGAGACGGUCAACAACUGGACUCACUUCCUACCCACCUGGUACUUCCUGUGGCGCCUCCUGGCGUUAGGUAGCUCGGGCUUCCCCGCAGAGCCGUACCACCUGCCGUUGCUGGUCUUACUCCUGCCCGCCUGCCUCUACCCUUCGCCCUUCGCAUCCUGCUGCGCGCACACCUUUAGCUCCACGUCGCCCCGUGCGCGCCACAUCUGCUAUUUCCUGGACUACAGCCUGGGUGAGCUGAGGGCAGUGGGUGAUGGUGGAGCAGAGGAUGAGCCCGCAGGCCUCAACUUGCACCUCGCCGCAGGCUGUGCCUUCCCCUGCGCCUACUCCAUGCCGGCCUCCUGGCUGCACGGUUGCCUGCACCAGUUCUUCGUGCCUACCGCUGCGCUCAACUCCUUCCUGUGCACCGGCCUCUCCUGCUACUCGCGGUUCCCAGAGCUAGAAAGCCGGAGGCUCAGCAAGGUUCUGCUGACCACCGCCUUUGCCUACCCCUUCUUGUUUGACAACCUCCUGCUGUUCUACAGGCUGCUGCUGUGCUGGGAGGAGGCACUGAGAUCCAGACAUGCCUACCGCCUCCUCUGCGCUCCGCUCACAGACUUCCUUUUUGCAGAUCUGCCAGAGCGCCUGGCACCUGGGCGCUUCGACUAUAUUGGCCAUAGCCACCAGCUGUUGUUCCACAUCUGUGCAGUGCUGGGCACCCACUUCCAGCUGGAGGCAGUGCUGGUUGAUACGGGAUCCCGUAGAGCCUGGCUGACCAUGCAAGAACCCACCCUUGGCCUGGAGGCCACCAUGGCCACACUGAGCCUGGCAGUGGUCGGAAACCUGCUCAUCAUCGCUGCUUUCACAGCCUCUCUGCUGCGCAGCCCUGGAAGCUGCCCCCUGCUGCAGGGUGGCCCACUAGAAGAGGAGCUCCAGGCUAAACGACAGUGAGCCCAUCUCUGGUAGUGGCAUGGAGGGAGGCGGAGGAGCCCUGACAGGGCCUGAGAAGCAGAGGCAGGCGGCGGUGGGGACAAGUACCUAGUUCAAAACUGUGGGGACAAGUACCUAGGCUGGGGCAGAGCUGGAGGUGUGGGGCUUCUCACGUGAUCUGCUUAGUUCAGGUCAUCCUGGGUGCGUGUGAGCCAUCUGCACUACAUACCUGCCCUGCCCCAGGGCCAGACUGGGCCCCUUGUCAGCAACUGUGUGUCCACACAGGAGCUGCCUGUUCGGCUUGUCAUUGUGACCAGGCCUUUGCUGAUUCGUAUGUUUGGGUAUGUCCCCAGUGACAUAUCGGAUGUGGUGGGGGCCACUGUGGGGAGAGGGGCUGCUGGACUUUAGAAAGCCACCUCCAGUGCUG